AUGUUCAGAUGCAAAAACCGUGUGAGCAAAUACACAAAAGGCAAAGAGAAGAACAACCGACUACUUGGCCGUGUAGUUUCCAUAAAGAUCUUUUUUUCGUUUUCAAAUCAUAAAAGCAGAAAACUAAACAAAUUAAUUUGUUUGUUAAAAAUUUCUCUGCCUUUAUGUGAGACAUUAUAUAUUUCCACACGAGCGGGGAGCAGUAAGAGAACUGUAAAGAGAGUUGGAGAAUAUUUCGAUGUGUGUUUUUCAGUUGAGUUCAACAAUCUUUUAUUCCCUGUCACUCACUCACUCACUCACUCACUCACUCACUCACAUACCCAUGUAAAUGCAUAG